AUGUCUUUUCAAUCUACAGUCCCUCUGAUCAUUCACGGCGAGGACAUUGUUCUCCCGGCAGGAGAACGACGAGGCACUAUUGCUGCAGCAAAGGCAGACAGCCCGUCUGGGUUCCAGGGCGCAAGCAAAGAGCUCGCCAUUCAAGCUGUCGGAUCUUGUGCCAGCGCUUUCCCAGCAUGGUCCAAGACACCUCCUGCGAGGAGACGAGAGCUGCUGUUCAAGCUGGCCAGUCUUGUACGGCAAAGAUCAGAAGAGAUCCAACAACUAGUUGAAGAGGAAAUCCAUUGCGGCCAACUUUGGGCCAGCAUUAUCACUCAGGCUGGUGUCGACUUGAUUGAGGAGACGGCGUCGCUGGUCAACAAUUCCCGUACGGGAUGUAUUCCGCCAACAGAAGGAGACACAUACGGCUUUGUCUUCAAGGAGCCCCUGGGUGUGAUCUUGGGGAUCGCACCAUGGAACGCGCCGGUGAUCCUGGGGUUGAGGGCCGUCGUGGCGCCUGUUGCUGCCGGCAACGUGGCUAUUCUGAAGGGCUCUGAGCUCAGUCCACGGACGCACUAUCUGCUGGCAUCCUUGUUUCGUGAAGCUGGCUUUCCUCCUGGAGUGGUAAACUUUGUUCUGCACAGACCGGAGGAUGCGUCGGAGGUCUUUGAAGUGAUGAUCAAUCAUGCUGCGGUCAAGAAGUGCAACUUUACCGGCUCCACGGAAGUAGGCCGCAUCAUCGGCUCCAAGGCUGCGUAUGCUUUGAAGCCGGUGCUCCUCGAACUAGGCGGCAAGAAUUAUGCUCUUGUGCUCGACGAUGCGGAUCUCGACCAUGCGGCGCAAGAAAUUGUCAAAGGAGCAUUUCUGAACAACGGUCAAAUCUGCAUGUCAACCGAUCUAGUCAUUGCCUCCAAGGCUAUCAGCUCAUCGCUUGAAGCCAAGAUCCUCGCUCUUGUGCACGACAUCAAGAAUGACCACCCGGUCAUCACAAAAGCGGCAAAAGAAAAGCUGAACAGACUCGUCUCGGACGCUCGGAGCAAAGGCGCUACGGUUCAUGCGGCAUCUGUCUCUUCUUCUGACAACAACUUCCCUCCCACGUUCAUCACGGGCCUCACGCAGGACAUGGACUUUUUCCACAUUGAAUCAUUCGGUCCUGUGGUGGGGAUGACUGUAGUGGAACAGGAGCAGGAUAUCACAAAAGUCAUCCAAGAAUUCUCGUAUGGAUUGUCGUCUGCUAUCUUCACCAGCAAUCACUACAAGGCUCUCCAACUGGCGGAGUCCAUCAAUGCGGGAGCAGUCCAUAUCAAUUCCAUGACGGUUCAUGACGAGGCGACUCUGCCACAUGGAGGCCACGGUCAUAGUGGAUGGGGCCGCUUCGGCGCAGGCUGGGGGUUGGAUGAAUUCUUGCAGACAAAGACUGUUACUUUGAAAGGAUGA